AUGGCACAGCGCGUGGUUUUGUUUCUGCUGUGGCUCUGUGACAGAUCGCUCGCAGGGUUCCCCAAUCAGAUUAAUAUCGGGGGACUGUUCAUGCGCUCCACGGUGCAGGAGCACAGCGCGUUCAGGUUCGCUGUCCAACUCUACAACACCAACCAAAACACCACUGAGAAGCCUUUCCACCUCAACUACAACGUGGACAACCUCGAGUCCUCAAACAGCUUCUCGGUCACCCACGCGUUUUGCUCCCAGUUCUCCCGCGGGGUGUACGCCAUCUUCGGAUUCUAUGACAAGAAGUCCAUGAACACCUUGACCUCCUUCUGCGGCGCCCUGCACACCUCCUUCGUCACACCCAGUUACCCCACCGAUAAUGAGGUGCAGUUUGUCAUCCAGAUGCGCCCCGCCCUCCGGGGCGCCGUCCUCAGCCUGCUCUCUCACUACAAGUGGCAGAAGUUUGUCUACCUCUACGACACGGACCGAGGCUUCUCCAUACUGCAGGCCAUCAUGGAGGCAGCGGUGGCCAACAACUGGCAGGUGACGGCUCGCUCGGUCAGCAGCACAACGGACGCGGCCGAGUUCAAGCGCAUCAUUGAGGAGAUGGACAGGAGACAGGAGAAGCGCUUUGUGAUCGACUGCGAGGUGUCCAGGAUCAACACCAUCUUAGAGCAGGUUGUGACCCUGGGGAAGAACAGCCGUGGUUACCACUACAUUCUGGCCAAUCUUGGCUUUACUAAUGUGAGCUUGGACAAAGUCUUCGCUGGUGGAGCCAACAUUUCAGGGUUUCAGAUUGUCAACCCUGAGAACCCGAUCGUGCAGCAGUUCAUGCAGCGCUGGGAGCGGCUGGAUGAAAGGGAAUUCCCAGAAGCCAGAAACACUCCUCUGAAGUACACUUCAGCACUGACCCAUGAUGCCAUCCUGGUGAUAGCUGAGGCAUUCCGAUACCUGCGGCGCCAACGUGUGGAUGUCUCUCGCCGGGGCAGCGCUGGAGACUGUCUGGCCAAUCCCGCUGUACCUUGGAGCCAAGGCAUCGACAUUGAGAGAGCUCUCAAAACGGUCCAAGUGCACGGUAUGACCGGGAACAUCCAGUUCGACAACUACGGCCGCAGGACCAACUACACCAUAGAUGUUUAUGAGAUGAAAACAGGCGGGCCGAGGAAGAUCGGGUACUGGAACGAGUUCACGCGAUUUGUAAAUAUUAUGGACCCGCAGGUCUCCAACGACUCCUCAGUGGAAAACCGAACCAUUGUGGUCACUACUAUUAUGGAAGCUCCUUAUGUGAUGUACAAGAAAAAUUAUAAUCACCUGGAGGGGAAUGACAGAUAUGAAGGCUACUGCGUCGAUUUAGCAUCUGAGAUUGCCAAACAUGUUGGAAUUAAGUACAAACUGUCUAUAGUAAUGGAUGGGAAGUACGGAGCCCGAGACCCCGAGACCAAGACGUGGAACGGGAUGGUGGGCGAACUGGUCUAUGGGAGAGCAGAUAUAGCUGUUGCACCUCUCACCAUUACUCUGGUUCGAGAGGAGAUGAUAGACUUUUCCAAGCCCUUUAUGAGCUUGGGCAUCUCCAUUAUGAUAAAGAAGCCCCAAAAGUCCAAGCCUGGUGUUUUCUCCUUCCUGGACCCGCUGGCCUAUGAGAUCUGGAUGUGUAUAGUGUUUGCCUAUAUUGGGGUGAGCGUGGUCCUGUUCCUGGUCAGUCGGUUCAGUCCUUAUGAGUGGAACCUUGAGGAACAGGACGAGACCAAAGACCCUCAGACUCCCCCUGAUCCUCCCAAUGACUUUGGCAUCUUCAAUUCCCUCUGGUUCUCACUGGGCGCCUUCAUGCAGCAGGGCUGUGACAUCUCACCCAGGUCUCUGUCGGGCCGUAUCGUUGGUGGUGUGUGGUGGUUCUUCACCCUCAUCAUCAUCUCCUCUUACACAGCCAACCUGGCUGCUUUCUUGACAGUGGAGAGGAUGGUUUCUCCCAUAGAAAGUGCAGAGGAUCUGGCCAAGCAGACAGAGAUAGCAUAUGGCACUCUAGACUCAGGCUCCACAAAAGAGUUUUUUAGGCGAUCCAAAAUAGCAGUGUAUGAGAAGAUGUGGUCAUACAUGAAAUCCGCUGAGCCCUCAGUGUUUGUUAAGACCACGCCCGAUGGCGUAGCCCGGGUACGAAAGUCAAAAGGCAAGUUCGCCUUUCUCCUCGAGUCCACCAUGAACGAGUACAUCGAGCAGCGGAAGCCAUGUGACACCAUGAAAGUGGGCGGGAACCUCGACUCGAAAGGCUACGGUGUGGCGACCCCCAAAGGCUCAGCAUUAAGAACUCCUGUAAACCUUGCAGUAUUGAAACUCAGUGAACAAGGCAUCUUAGACAAGCUGAAAAACAAAUGGUGGUACGAUAAGGGUGAAUGUGGAACCAAGGACUCUGGAAGUAAGGACAAGACAAGUGCUCUCAGUCUAAGCAAUGUGGCUGGGGUCUUCUAUAUUCUGGUCGGAGGGCUGGGGCUGGCCAUGAUGGUGGCUCUGAUAGAGUUCUGUUAUAAAUCCCGGCAAGAAACCAAACGGCUGAAAUUGGCCAAGAAUGCCCAGAAUUUUAAGCCGGCUCCCCCGACCAACACCCAGAACUUUGCCACAUACAGAGAAGGCUACAACGUGUACGGAACCGAGAGCGUUAAGAUCUAG